AUGGCAGCUAACAAGCCACGUAGGUUGUCGCCGUCCCCUCAGCGCUCCCGCCGCCGCUUCGACCCCCGGCGGCUCUUUCCACGCAGCAGCCCUACACCCAGGCUCCGGUCUGCCGUGUCUACCAACUCACUCCGCGCCGCAGCGGGCACUGGGUCCACCCCCGCUGCCCUCGAACCGGUGCGAGAUGCGCUUCCGGUGAGUCCCAGGACCGCCAGGCCCUUUGGCGAGUUCCACGGUGCUCCGACCACAGCGGUGACCUGGAAGGACAUCCACGAGGAGACGGACAGUCACAAUGACUAUGGAUUUGCACUCCAUGAUCAGGCUCAAACCGCAUCCGACUCCAGCCGCCAGCACACGAGGGUGAGGUUUGCGGACGACGAGCGCAUGCGCGCCCAGGACACCGAGCGCAAAAAGGGCAAGUUCCAGAGCCUUUUUCCGUUCCGCACUCGCGAAAAGGACUCUGGCAAGCGCACUGCGGCUCUCCGCUCUCAUCUCCCGUUCAGGUCUAUGGUGAAUCUGGCUGAGAGCGGCAGUCACUCUGACUUUCACCGCCGCGCAGAGGGCGAUAGCUUCGACCGCUUUCUAGACGAGCAGCCUUUCUACCAGCGCCUCCACCCUGAGCGAUUCACACCAUCGCCUCAACCUCACGCCCGCAACCGCCCAAGGGUUCUCGACACCAACAUGUUGAGCCGCAACGAUGAAGCUUCCCAGAGCGGCGAUAGGGCUCUUUCUCGCAACACCCAGCGUGCAUCAAGCAACUCAGUCUUAGACAUUAUCGAAGGCUACCAGGAGCAGCGUUCGUCGGCGACAUCGAUGCCGCUGACUACCACCGCACCAAAUUUGUCGCGACUUGCUGACCCGGAUCAACAUGACCUUUCCGAAGUACGCGAAGAGGCUGAGGAACAAGAAUUCGUACAACGAGGCUACGUCUUGCCUUCCUUCACCUCUCUGGCCCGUCCCGUUGCGCUGAGGAGUCACCGACCCUCUGCUCCCGUCUUAGAUUCGGUACCAGCUCGAGACCAGCAACUCGAGAAGAUUGAAGAGGCAAUCGCACGCAUUGUACAGACAGACGAACGAGCGCGCAACAUGACCGACGCAGAGAAUGAGAGUCUCAGAAAGCGAACCGACAGAGCCUUGCUCAUGGCGGCAGACAUGGCGGAAGAGAAGUCUAGGAUGGACACCGAGGUCGCUUCGCUGAAGAAAUCCCAUAAGUUGUUCACGCAACAAGCCAACCAACUUGUGUCACGUUGGUCGCCUGACUCGUCUCUCACGUCUGUCAGCAGCCGUGAUCUCAUUGACGCCAUCCCCUCGGACGAAGAGCCUGAGAUUUGCGAGGCCGAUGUCGCUGUGUGCUACCCUGUCACUAAGAUACCUGCUGGUACGGUUAGGGUGGUGGGCAGGGGCCGUCCUGCGGUGAACAAACGUCAACGAGAGGAGAUGGCGGCUGGCCAGGACAGUCAAUCAACCCAGGUCGCAGACAACAGUGUGUUGGACAAAUCCAUCCAGAACAAGCCCUCUAUGAGCGAGCUGAAGCGCGUGAAAGCACCGAUAGCUCUCAACAAGGGAGGAACCGAGCCCUUUCCGAUGUAUAUCGAACAUUUCAAGGAAGGAGAGCGUAGGAAGAACCUCGGGAUGCCCCGUGACGAGUCGCAGGACUUCACUCAGACUUGGGUUGAUCGGCAUGUCGACGUGAAGGAGCGCCCAGUAUCAAUCGCUUGUGACCAGGAUGUACGUGCUGAGAGGGCUAUUCCUCCUGCUCCGUUCCCAAAGGAUGGUUUCAAUACAACGCACGCUACUUCCAUGUCACCGAUGAGGGCCCCGCCUAAGCCGCCAUCGAGAACUCCACCUCGUCUGUCUAUGACACCAUUGAGAAUUCCACCCAUCCCAGCUAGGUCUCCGCUGAGGCAGUCCAGCUUGCCGUCUCCGACUGCAGUGCCUCUUCCCAGUUCGCCUGUUCCCCCUUUCCGUAGGGCGCCAGUGAGAGGUAAGCCUACUUCGUCAUUUGGUCAGCCUAGCGUUUUGCGUAGCACUCCGCCCCGCAUACAGCUGCCGGCUCCAGCUUCCAGCGUCUCGCCUACUAGGUCUUCCUCGCUUCAGGCGCCGACUCGAAAGCACUGUGUCCAGGGUGGUCACACGUUCCGCCCCAUGAACCUCCACGAGGUCCCGGACAACGUCGAGAUGGGACGCAUCGGUGUGUCACCCUACCUGAAUACUCAAGCCGGGGUCAUGCAGCAAGUCGACGGUUCCAUUUGCUGCGAGAAAUGUGGUGACAACGCCGAGGUCUAUAUGCAGUGCGAGCUCCCCGAGUGCAGCCUUUCGGUGUGCUUCGACUGUGCGCUUAUGAUACAAGCAGAGGGUGAGAGGAAGAGGAUUGAUGCUUGGCACUACUAA